UCUCAUGGUUCGUCCUGACAUUCUAGGCUUACCAACAGGUGCCCCCGUUUCUGUGAAGAAAGAGCAACCUUCCUGCUUUAAAGAAUUUUGCAAAGCCUGUCUUUCAAUAUUCGCCGGAUGGUGUCGCGUUGAUAGAAAAUUAUCUCCACCUUCUUCAGGCAGAUCAGAUGAAUUACAAGUGAAAUUUGAAGCCAUCAGCCAAGCUCCCGAGGAACUUGGUUACGAUACAGAAGAGGGAAAGACGAUGAAUGGAAUCCACAGUUUUAGAUACAAUGCUACUAGUAUGCGAGGUGACAAUCCUUCGAGUCCAAGAGGAUUCUUCAGGCAUAAAAGCAUGGAUGGCUGCUUUCCUAAUAUAUCUUCUCCUCUGUCAAGAAGUGGAAGCCUGAAGAGCCCUUCUCGAAAAUUAUCUUUCCGAAAGAGAAAUACGAGUCAGAAAAGAACCGAUUCACGUCAUGGCUUGUCUGCAUCUCUCUCAAGAAAUGCAAGCCGGAAGAACGCCAGCACCAUCAUGUUUUCAAACUCAAUGGGAAAGAUGAAACCUCCGGCUAUUGAAAGGCCUCUCGAGUGCACGCUUGAGGAGCUAUGUUAUGGAUGCAUGAAAAAGAUCGAGAUAACAAGAGAUGUCAUAAUUACAAAUACAGGGCAAGUAAUCCAAGAAGAGGAAACAUUGACAGUUAGAGUGAAGCCAGGAUGGAAAAAGGGAACGAAGAUCACAUUUGAAGGAAUGGGAAAUGAGAGGCCUGGCACUUGCACAGCUGAUAUAAUCCUCGUGAUUGCCGAGAAACGACACUCUCUGUUUCGGAGGGAAGGAGAAGGUUUGGAGAUAGGAGUAGAAGUUCCACUAGUGAAGGCUCUAACUGGCUGCCAGAUCUCAAUCCCUUUGUUGGGCGGUGAGGAAACAAGUUUGAUGAUCGAUGAUAUCAUUCACCCUGGCUAUGAAAGGAUCUUAGAAGGUCAAGGCAUGCCAAGCACAAAAGAGCAGGUGGGGAGAGGAAACUUGAGAGUUGUCUUCCUCGUUGAAUUCCCGACACAACUGACAGAUGAACAACGGUCAGAUAUUCGUACUAUUUUAGAGGAUUCUUCUUGAAUCUUUCAGUUUUCCCUUGGAGCCGAUCCACACCCUGCUGAUCAUCGUACUAUACACUUAGAAUCUCUAUGGUAAUCCUCUUGUCUAGAAUCUGACCAAUAUUUGGUUGUCAAAAGUAGAAGAUUCGUGGUAGUUUAUGUAUUAUCCGUCCCCACUGGAUCCCUUGCAGAAUCAGCUGCUGGGACAAGGUCCUAACUCGCAAACUCUCAGACAUGCAAUGCUACCAGGUGCCAUUUGGCUACAUGGCCGACGGCUACAAUAAAUUG